UGACCAAAGCCAAACCGACACCUCUUGUCCACAACCUCAAUCUGCAAUGGAAUAGUAAUAAUGGGUCUAUGACAUACCUGCAUGGACUACUUACCAAGGAUAACAGUCCGCCCAUCGCAUGAAAGGCUACAAGUGCCGUCUCUGGAAGGGCUGAUAACCGCACAGCUGUCCAACUCCGAUGGGUCGCUCGCCGUCUCCUACUCAUUAGAGACUCAUCGAAAUGGCGUGCUCGAGCAGAAGGACGAAGAGAUUGCGACGCUAUACAAUCUAUUCUCCCGCACUUUGACCCAAUUCUUGGCCACCACAGACAGCGAGGGGAAACGGCUUAUUCCUGCUUCCACCGAGUCCCAUGGUGUCACGACCAUUCCCAUUGGGCCGGUUUCCCAUGUUCUGACAAGACUCUCAAAGGAACACUUCAAGGGUGGAACAGAAGGACCCACCAACAACUCUGGACAGAAUGAGCGAGUCGUGGAACUCCUUCAGAGAGCCAUGACACAUCUGCAGAUAUACCGAGACGUCUUGACAAAAUCUCCAAGUGCGAUUCAGAAUCGCGCCAGCCAAUUAUCACAGUCCGAACUGGCAAUAUUAUCAGUACAGUGUCUUGUCGAGACCCUGUAUGAUAUGACGCUCCCCCAGUUACGUUUGACAGCUGCAUAUUCGAUAGCUAAACCAUAUCCGUUCUGGACGGACAACGCGUUAGUCAACAAACUAUUACACGACUCUGGCUGGGACGAGAGCAGAACUAGCUCUCUGCCGAAAGACGUUCGAUUCCGUUACUAUCUCAGCUUUCUGACCACCGGUGCUCCAGAGCUCAAACGGAGACGAUCUUCCGUGUACUUUAAAGAACGCUAUUCCCCAGUUCAUGUGUCUGGAAAUUGCAGCUGCGAUAGGCUAAGUGUAGAUCUCAACACGGAUGACACAACAGUCGCUAACCCUUACUUCAAUCUGAUGACGUUCUCUCCCGUCGGUGGCCACCGCCAUUGCCUCAAGUUGGAGACACAGAAGCUUCCAUCGGAGAAGGACGCAAGCUUGGCGUUUGUGGCAUUCUCACACCUGAGGUCAGAUGGUCUGGGAUCCAGCGACGAGAAUGUCUUGCCUCGUUGUCAAGUGGAGUACCUUCAAGAUCUGAGCAAUCGAAUGCUACCAGAGGAAAAUCAUCCGGUGCCAUUUUAUAUCGAUACGCUGUGCGUCCCAACAAAAGGCGUCGCGAAAGCAGCUGCACUCCGAAAUAUGCAACGCGUUUUUGAGAGUGCCCGAAAAGUCCUUGGACUGGACAUUGGCCUUUCCGCCACCGCCGUCUCCUCACUCCCCCAAGAAUGCUUAACACACAUACGUUACUCAUCCUUCAUGCAGAGGUUGUAUACAGUAGCGGAAUGCUCCGUCGCUCUGGACAUGUACUUCCAUUUUCAGGGUAGUGUAUUGGUUUCCUUGAAAGAUCUUAUCUCGGUGUACGACAACAACGAGGAAUUCCCGUUGCUAAGCACAGUCAGCUUCAAGGACCGCGGGCGAAACACAUUGACACCAGAAGAUUUUGACGAUUUGUCACUUGCAUUGACCUGGCUGAGUGACGACCUCCAUGUCUUGAAGAUGUAUUCCAAAGGGCAAUUAGACGGGCCGUUGCCUAAUAUCGACGUCGACAUGGUAUUCCCUUUGGUAUCAGAAGACUGGUCUACCAGCCGUGAGUUGCACGGCGUGUACUAUUUGCGAAGACUGCUUCGGCUGGGGUUCCUGGCGCUGCCUCAGAUGAGGUAUUUUGCGCAGCCCACUGAAGCUGCAGUCUUGGACGAGGUCGCCAGCAAAAUCCUCGAAGCAUACAGGGCAACAUUGAGCGGGUCGGGUUCGGCGGCAAUGACGAGUGUCCGGCUGCUUCCAAGCCAGGCCCGCGAACGUUCUGCGGUCAAUUGCGUCCUAGACCGUCUUGGGAAGCUAUACAAGCUGACCAGCACAUUGCAAUUGUAGGCUGACUCUGGAGUAUCUCGAUUUCUAUUGCUAGACCGGUAUCAUAGAGACGGAGUUCGGCAUAUAGAAUUUGUCUGGCCAUUUGUCCAAGUCCAUUGCCUCCGACGGGUUCUGUGGUUGUCAAAUACUGCGGC